AUGGUAGCAAUAUUUCUUCACAUUUUGGCACAUGAUGUUAAGAAUAGGAUAAUUAAAAGGCAAUUCAUGAGGUCUGGUGAAACAAUUAGCAGGCAGUUCACCCAUGUGUUGUUGGCUGUAUUACGGUGUCAUACAGUUUUAUUUAAACGACCCGAGCCAGUACUCGAGAACUCAACGGACGAAAGGUGGAAGUGGUUCAAGAAUUGUUUGGGAGCUCUUGAUGGGACACAUAUAAAGGUUAAUCCUUUACUAGCUGAUAAGGCUAGAUACCGCACUCGGAAGGGAGACAUAGCAACCAAUGUCUUGGGGGUUUGUUCACAAGAUGGUCAGUUUAUUUAUGUACUGCCUGGAUGGGAAGGAUCGGCUGCAGAUUCAAGGGUCCUCAGAGAUGCCAUAUCUCGUAAUAAUGGUUUACGGGUGCCAAAAGGUUACUAUUACUUGUGUGAUGCUGGGUACAUGAAUGCAGAAGGUUUCCUUACACCAUAUAGAGGGCAAAGAUAUCAUCUCAGUGAGUGGAGAAAUGGGGCACACCCAACAACACCGCAUGAAUUUUUUAACAUGAAACACUCUUCGGCAAGGAAUGUAAUAGAACGCUGUUUUGGGAUGCUGAAGGGGCGUUGGGCGAUAGUGAGGUCGAAGUCAUUUUAUCCGGUUAAGACGCAAGUGAGGAUUAUAACUGCAUGUUGCUUGCUUCAUAACCACAUCAGAAGAGAAAUGACAUUUGACCCUUUAGAGGAUCGUGAAGUGGAUAAUGCACAUGUUGAAGAGGAGAUGGCAGCAACCGAUUUGAUCACUCAUGUGGAGUCAUCUAAUGCAUGGUCACUUCGGAGGGACGAUAUGGCGCAACAGAUGUGGAACACGUGGAGGAGGCGUGGUUGA